CCAACGAGUGCUUUUAUUUUCUUCACAUUUCGGGCUAAGUUUUUUUUUUUCCGGUGCACAGUGGUUACAAUUUGGAAGCUUCAUACAGAAAUACCUUAAGAAGUGGAUAUUUUGACAAAUUUGCAAAUUUUAUUUGCUGAAAAUUGUAAUCAGAAUGGAAUUCAAGAAACACAAGAUGUUUUACAAGACACUCGAGACUGACAUCUCCACUGGAGGGCAGUCAGGUGAGGAGAUGGAGAGAAAGGAGCUAAAGGAGACUGACGGGACUAAAGGAGCAGCAGGUAAGGAUGUCAGACCUAUUGAAAUAGCAGCCCUGGGAAGACCUCUGUAUCCUGGCAUGCUGUACAACUGCCACACUGAUACCUUCAUUGCAGGCAUCACUUUGUGGGAUGAGAAAGCAUUACGUGAGAACCUAGAUGUUCAUCAACAGCCUAAAACACAUCUGAAAUUCUCUGCUUCUGACUCUCUCAGUGACAAGGCCAACCUUCUGGAUGUAAGUGCCUCGCUUAAAGCCAGCUUUAUGGGUGGGUUGGUGGAGGUUGCCGGAUCUGCCAAGUACCUACAUGAUAGCAAAUCUUCAGCACGUCAGGAGCGGAUCACCAUGCAUUACAGCCAGACCAUAAGGUUUGAACAACUCACUAUGGCUGAGUUUAGCAAAAUCACCUAUCCAGAAGUGUUUGAUCAGCAAACAGCCACUCAUGUCAUCACAGCUGUACUGUAUGGAGCUCAGGCCUUCAUGGUGUUUGAUCAUACAGCUGCACAUGAUGAGGACAAACAGGAAGUUAAAGGAAAUCUUCAUGUUCUGAUCAAGAAGAUGCCUUCCCUGUCGAUAGAGGGAGAUGGAGACCUAAAGUUGAAUGAGAGUGAAAAGAAGAUGGCUGAGAAUAUCAGUGUCACAUUUCAUGGUGACUAUAAGCUAGAAGAAAACCCCACAACAUACUCUGAGGCCCUGAAAGUGUAUAAUAAGCUGCCUAAUCUGCUGAGAGAGGAGAAGGAUGCUGUACCAGUAAGAGUGUGGCUGUAUCCCCUCAAACUGUUGAAUGAUAAGGCAGCCAGUUUGGUCAGAGAAAUCAGUGAAUAUGUGGUGUCUAAAAUAGAAAAUUUGCUGGAGGAACUAGGAAAAGUAGAAAGGAGGUGCAACGAUUUGGUCACAAACAGAAGCGUGGAUGAUUUCCUUGACCUGAAAAGCAGACUGCAAAUGUUUCAAGGCUCGUUUAGUGCUCACAAGAUUGCAUUCCAGCAGGCUCUCUCCAAAGUUUUACCAGCUAUUCGUAAUGGAACACAGGAAGAGCUGGCACUGGCUAACAUCCUAAACGCUCAAUACAGGUCACCCUUUGCUGCAAACAACUUGAACCAGUGGUUAGACGACUUUACGACUGAAUUGAACAUACUGAGUUCCUAUAUCAGUGGGCUGAAGGACAUCAGAGUUGUGACAUCCUCAAGAAAACUCAAGGCCAUUCUCUUUAAUCCUGAUGUAGAUGUAGUGGUAUGUUUGUCUUUCACAUCUCUGAAGUACAAAGACACAUACCUGGACGCACUGAAAGAUUCUGAAGCGCUUGUAAAUCUAGAGCAAGCAAACACAGAAGCAUAUUCUCUCCAAGUAGCACAGCCUUGGUUCACUUCCACUGAAAUUUCCAAGACCAUGAGACAGAACCUUUCUCUCUUUACAAGUUUCUCAAAUGCCAACAAAAAUAAGGAGAGAAUCCAAUUCGUCAUUGCCUCCAUCUCUGACCCUGCCAAUCCAGGUUCCUCCAUCCAGCUUUAUGAAAAAGGCAAACUGACAGAUCCAAAGUUCCAGCCUGUGUCCAAGCCUCCUCCACCAACAGUUGAGACCCAAGACAUGACUGUAACCCUGAAGCUUCAAAAAUCCCCAACUGGAGAAACACUGCGGUUCAGAGUAGAAUACAGGAUGGUAAAGGAAGGUGAAUCUAACCCGGGGGAAGACUGGGAGACCAGAGACACUCCGGAUGCAGAGAAACCUUUCGUACUGACUGGACUGCAGCCAGGGAACCAAUACUUAGUUCGGUAUAAAGCUGUCAGUGCGGCAGGAGUGAGUGAAGCCAGUGAAUCUGUUCCUACUGCCAUCACCAUUGAAAGUGCUUUGGUGGGUGGUGUUGAAGGACAAGAAGAUAUUUUGACUCAAGAUAUCGAUGUGACGUUGAAGAAGAUCAGCAUUACGCUGGGCGAUCAUACGAUGGACGCUCUAUGCAUGACAUUCAGCAAUAAUCAAGAGAAGACGUAUGGCAGUGCGAAAGGUGCCCUGUCCCAGGCAUUCAUAUUUGAGGACGGUGAUCGUUUCCGUUCACUGACACUGUGGCCAAACCAAACUAGGAAUCGUCUGGGAGGUCUUCAGUUUGAAGUUGUGAGGAAAACUGGGGGGACUCUUACAUUCUCUGCUAAAAUCCCAGACGUGGGCCCGCCUGUGUCCAUUGAUGUGGGUUUAGGGAUAUUUCGUGGGAUUAAAGUGAGAAGUGGGGCAGAUGUUUAUGCUCUUGGAUUCUUCUUUCUAAAGUAGGUCAUUCUUUAAAGGUAAUCACCUUCACAGCAAUGUGACAUUUUCACAAUAUUAAUCAAUGAAUGAAGAAGUACCUUUUAAAGGGAAACUGUAGGUAUUUUAAGCAAACAAGUGAUUCUUAAAUUAAUGCUUGAGUUUAAUCAACAGUAGACAAUGACAGCAGCAAUAACAAACAGAAUAAGGAAGUUAUUCUAAUUCCAAAUGUGUGUGAAAAUAGAUUGACUAAAAGGAGGCGGUAAUUGCUGACCGCUUAUGCUAGUGGGGGCAGCCACUUUAGGUGAUUUCCUGCUAAGAACUUCCAUGGAAAUAAACAGCUGUAACAUUUCUGCAGUAAUAGCCACAACAAGCACAAAGUAACUAAUAGCUAUAGUAAAGCAGGGACUACACAGCCCAAAGAUUUUUCACAUGUGCCUUGUAUAUAUUGGAAAAGGUGGUCAAAUCAGUAUUUCGUCAAAACCUACUCUUAAGACACUUUAUUAAGUGUUGUAAGUUAUACUGAAAGAGAUUAUGUCCUGUC